AUGUAUGGACGUUAUUUAAUUUUAUUUGCCAUUAUUGUUAUUUUUUGGUGGCGACUGAAGCUUAAAACAUCGCAAAUCAAAGAUGUUUGGAUUAUAAAUACUGCGAACUUUGCUAGCGAUCAUUCUUUUGGUUAUAAUUGUACAGUUGAUACUUGUUUGAAUUUAUCGCUUUGUUCCGUUACUGACAAUCAACUUACCGUUUAUGUGGAACCACUGAUCGAUAUUGUUGACCAGAAUGGCGCUAUACAAAAUCCAUAUGUAUCCAGCGAAUUCAUCGAGCUUCGAGAAAUAAUAAAAAAUAGCCGAUUUUUCGUAUCGAAUAUUGAAGACGCAUGCAUUGUGAUUCCCGGUAUCGAUACACUUAAUUUGCGUAGAACACAUUAUGGAGAAUCGUUGUUGUACAGUUUGUUUAAUUUCGAUAGCAGAUACUCCGGCUUCAAUGUUUAUUUAUUUGUUUUUCUCGGAUCAACUUUGCAGUUGGGUAAAGCAAUUGUUGCGAGGGCUCAAUCAUAUCACAAAUCAUUUCGACCAAGAUACGAUAUACCGAUACCCAUAUGGCUUCCUAAUGAGAAGUCGAGAAAUUUUGAACCAGAGAAUUUCACAAGAACUUAUCUUAUUUUGGUGAUAUUAAAAUAUGCUUCAAAUAAUAUCAGAUCCGAUCUUAAAAAGAAUUUUUUCGACAGAAAAAAUCUCAUUUUGCUAGAUGAUUGUAAAAUGCUUGAAAAUUUGUUAUGCGAUAUGGAUGGGUUCCCUUAUUCCAUCGAUGAAGCUUUCAAGGCAAGCGAAUUCAUUUUGGUUAGCACAGAGAUUUCUGGUUUCGAUGCGCUUUUAAUUUCAGCUCUUCGUUUUAACUGUAUUCCAAUAAUAUUAUCAGAACUUUCUUCAUUACCAUUUGAUGAGCUUAUUAAUUGGGAUCGAAUUUCAGUUAGGUUGUUUUAUUCGCGUCUUUCUGCAGUUCAUGAAAUUAUUAAAUCUAUUUCACAAGAACGUAAAAAAAAAUAUAAAAAAAUGAUAACUCAAAUUUACAAUAAAUAUUUUUCAUCACUUAGCAAAAUAGUCCUUACUUCUUUAAAAAUAAUUGAACAUCGAAUUGUACCGAAUGGAAAAGAUUUCCACAAAGAUGAAAGUAUCGGCUAUAAUCAAAUUUCCCCUUUGUUCGCUCCCCGAAUUUCGCCCGCAGAAGGAUUCACUGCCGUUAUAUUUCCCCUCAGUCAAGUUCAGUUAUUGUUUUCUCUUAUCCAUUUACUGGCAAAAGUUCCAAGCUUGAUGAAUAUAAUCGUUGUUUGGAAUAACAUUGAAAUAGAUCCACCUCCUGAGUUCGCCUGGCCUCAUAUAUCGCGACCAAUCCGCGUUAUCAGAAUGGGCGACAGAAGUUUAUCAAAUGGAUUUAUCACUUUUUCUGAUAUUUCUUCCGAAGCAGUUUUAUCUCUUGAUGAUAGCAGUUUUCAUUAUCUCACGGUCGAUCAGGUUGAAUUUGGCUAUCAAGUUUGGCGAGAAAAUCCUGAUCGUUUGGUAAGCUAUUUGUCCACAGAAUGGAUUUAUUUCACUCCUAGUGGACCACAUUCAUCAAUAUGGCCCUAUAAUAUAUCUAUCAGCAUGGGACCAGUAUUUUAUCAUAAGUAUUAUAAUAUUCUUUUUCAUAUGUUAUUAAUGAAUGAAUUUAAAAGUUACUCGGAACUGACUUCGUAUUGCGAAAAGAUUUUAAGAAAUCUUUUCCUGGCCAAUAUAACUGGCAGAUAUCCUGUAAAUAUAUUAGUAAAGGAACCAUUUUGUCCACAAUGCCGGAACAACCGCAUCACAAUCGCACAAAAUAUUCAUAUGCAUUCUAAUUGUAUACAAAAAUUUACGGCUUUAUCUGGAGGUGAACGGAUGAUGCACAGGUACAACCCAUUGAUCAUCCAUAGUCCUAAUGGUAACGAAAAAGGUAAUCAUAAGAUUCAGCAAUUGCGACGUAUUCUUCAUGCACUUCAUUUAUUGAAAUUGACAUUUCGGCAAUUUCUGUAA